CAAUAAGGAAGAACAAGUCUGCAGUGAUGGACAGAAUACAAGACAUAAUGGCUUUGAUCUGCCUGUUAUUUCUCAAACUGCCAAAGUUUGAGAUGACGAGUGGAAACGUCUUAGAGGAGACUUAUCAGAAAUGGGUUCAGUAUAAAGAGGACUGUGUGAAAAUGAUAGAAAAUGAUCCACUGCCGCAAGUGGGCUUGUUCUGUAACAGGACGUUUGACAGAUAUGCCUGCUGGCCAGAUGCUCCUGCUAGCUCAAUGGUCAACAUUUCAUGCCCUUUCUACCUGCCCUGGUAUGACAAAGUGUCCCAGGGAGUUGUGCGUCGUCGGUGUGGCUCUGAUGGCUUCUGGGAGAGGGAGGACAGUGGCCAGGUCUGGAGGGACAUGACCCAGUGUGAAGAGGAAAAGGAGGUUGCAUCUCAGGAGCUGUGGUUCAAACAACUGAUGGUGGGCUUCAGGAUGUUGUACACUGUCGGCUAUUCCUUGUCCCUCUUCACACUCAUAAUGGCUCUUAUCAUUCUUCUGAGCAUCAGGAAACUACAUUGCACCAGGAACUACAUUCAUGCCAAUCUUUUCCUCUCCUUCAUCCUGAGAGCUGUAUCUGUCAUUCUUAAGGAUACCAUGCUGGAACGCCACUGGGGACGAGAAAUCAUGAAACAGGCAGACGUGAGUGAGAUGCUCAGUCACCAGGCUGCUAUUGGCUGCCGGAUAGCACAGGUGAUGAUGCAGUACUGCGUCCUUGCCAAUCACUAUUGGUUCUUUGGAGAGGCAAUAUAUUUGUAUUCUGUGCUCAUAGCCUCAGUGUUCAUCGACAACAACAAAUACUUGCCUUACAUCUGUCUUGGCUGGGGAACGCCACUUCUAUUUGUGGUUCCCUGGGUAGUGAUGAAGCUACUGAAAGAAAACAAAGAAUGUUGGGCUCUCAAUGAGAACAUGAACUACUGGUGGAUCAUUCGUUUCCCAAUUCUUUUUGCUUCACUUAUCAACUUUCUGAUUUUCAUGAAGAUCCUGAAGGUAGUUCUCUCCAAAUUACGAGCCAGCAACCAGAGCGGAUACCCUGAUUACAAACUUCGGCUUGCCAAGGCAACCCUCACCCUCAUUCCUCUGUUUGGGAUUCAUGAGAUCAUAUUCAUCUUUGCCACAGAUGAGCAGACAACAGGUGUUCUACGCUACAUUAAAGUUUUCUUCACUCUUUUUCUCAAUUCAUUUCAGGGCUUUCUGGUGGCUGUGCUCUACUGCUAUGCUAAUAAAGAGGUGAGGACAGAGCUGAGGAGGAAGUUACGAAGCUGGAGGAUAGAGGCAGAGAUUGUAUGCUGUGGACAGUGACUAGCCGGGAUUGACUCUCGAGUAGACACUUUCUCCAUUGCCACAGUGCCAGAGCGCAACAGAUCCUCUGCCACGCCGAUGAGGGCAAUGCCUGAUGGCUCACCCACUCCUGACAGUUCACUGCUUUUCAGACGUCAAGUGCAGCCACCUUCCCCGCAACCUGAUGCUUCCCUGCUCCACUGCCCAUCAGUAGUAAAGAGGGAUGACAGCCUGCAGCGCAGGGAUCAGGAUGAGACUGGACAUUCAUCUGUAGCAAUGCAGGUGUCCUUCCUCAUUCAUCUUCAAGACCCUGUGGAGUUACUCCCACAUGUUGUAAAUAUAGAUUCAGAUUGAAUACAUUGUUGCAUUUACUGUAAAUUAAGAUUAUAUGUGGUUUGUUGUGAAUAUGUAAAACUGUGAAUAAGUAAUUGCUAUUGUGAUAUAAGUUUUAAAACUGUAAAAUUGUGAAUAUUAAAUAUGUGAAUAAGUGAUUGUUAUCAGUUCAGACUUGAGACAUCUUUAAGUAUAAAUUAAAAGGAUAUUUGUUUA